CAUGCAUCAUAGAAACGGCCGAGGAUUUUCAUAACCAGGACCAGGGACCAGGAUAACGAAGGAGAGUAGCAGGAGACACUGACCUGCUGAGACGCACGAUCUUUAGGACACGGCGAGCGAGCGAAGCGGUGUGUGUGAACAAUGUGUAUACACUCAGCACCCGCAGCAACCGGGCUGACCUGACCCCCACACGGCGCUACUGACCUUCCAAAACAAGUUCAAGAGGCACGAAUGCUACAUGACAAACAAAAGCUACAGCUGACGAUUGCACAAGAGCUGACAUAAUUGUGCCUCAGACAGGUGUCCCGCGAGGGUUCACAGACGCGUGAGACGCCAAAAUAAGGCAAGAAAGAUCAACGGUCGCCUCUUGCCGAGUGUGUGUAUAAAUACGUGUGUGUGCCUGGCGGAGGACACAACCACCGGCACUGCCACAGCCACUACAACACAAUGAACGCCAAGGUGCUGCUCCUCCUGGCCCUCGUCGCCGCCGCCGCCGCCGAUGGCUCUCGGUCUCGCGAGCGUUCCUACGGCCGAUACGACGAGUCCGAAGAGGCCAAGUACGACUUCAGCUACCAGGUGAAGGACGACUACGGCAACGACUUCGGCCACAAGGAGAGCCGCGACGGCGAGCAAACCGAAGGCGAGUACUACAACGAGCUGCCCGACGGCCGCAGGCAGACGGUGACCUACUACGUGGACGGCGAUUCCGGCUUCGUGGCCGACGUCAAGUACUCGGGCGAGGCUCGGUACGACUCCGGCUCCGGCUCCCGGGAGUACGGCGGCUACAGGAGGCAGCCCAGGGAGUCCAGGGAGUCCAGGGAGUACGGCGGCAACAGGAGGCAGUUCAGGGAGUCCAGGGAGUCCAGGGAGUUCAGAGGCUACAACUAAGUAGUUCAUAGAGCUUUAGAGCCACGUUGUUGUUGUUGUUAGCGCUGCGUCAGCGCGCCACGCUUUUCGUCUCCCGCAGACAAAUCGUCUCCUCGCCGUCUUCACACGCUCAUAUGAUUCACCGAAUAAAUGUGUAAAAGUA